GCUGCAGCUGCUUUAUUUGACAGAAUUCUCGGCGCAGGUCACAGCAAAUCAAAAUCAACGUUUGUUCAGUUCGAGCAUUUCAAAAUUCUGGUUAUCCUAUCGAGCAAAGAUAUCAAAAAUUCCAGGCACAAUGGCUGAACGCGAUGCGGCAUCCAAUCAGUUAAUCGACUACAAAAACUCGCAAACGGUUUCACCGGGAGCUAUUACCACUGGUGCUGGAGCACCCAUUGGAAUCAAGGAUGCCACCCAGACGGUGGGUCCCCGCGGUCCCGUCCUGCUGCAGGACGUGAACUUCCUGGAUGAGAUGUCCCACUUCGACAGGGAGCGCAUUCCGGAGCGUGUGGUGCACGCCAAGGGAGCUGGUGCGUUCGGUUACUUUGAGGUGACCCACGAUAUCACCCAGUAUUGUGCCGCCAAGAUUUUCGACAAGGUGAAGAAGCGCACUCCCCUGGCUGUGCGGUUCUCCACCGUGGGUGGUGAGAGCGGAUCAGCUGAUACGGCCCGCGAUCCCCGAGGAUUUGCCAUCAAGUUCUACACCGAGGAUGGCGUCUGGGAUUUGGUUGGCAACAACACACCGAUCUUCUUCAUUCGCGACCCGAUCCUGUUCCCCAGCUUUAUUCACACGCAGAAGCGCAACCCUACAACACACCUUAAGGAUCCGGACAUGUUCUGGGACUUCCUCACCCUGCGCCCGGAGUCGGCUCACCAAGUCUGCAUCUUGUUCAGCGAUCGCGGCACCCCCGACGGCUAUUGCCACAUGAACGGCUAUGGCUCCCACACCUUCAAGCUGAUCAAUGCCAAGGGUGAGCCUAUCUACGCCAAGUUCCAUUUCAAGACGGACCAGGGCAUCAAGAACCUGGACGUGAAGACCGCCGACCAGUUGGCCAGCACCGAUCCGGAUUACAGCAUUCGCGACCUGUACAACAGGAUCAAGACCUGCAAGUUCCCCAGCUGGACGAUGUACAUCCAGGUCAUGACCUUCGAGGAGGCCAAGAAGUUCAAGUACAACCCCUUCGACGUGACCAAGGUCUGGUCUCAGAAGGAGUAUCCUCUGAUUCCCGUGGGCAAGAUGGUGCUGGAUCGCAAUCCCAAGAACUACUUUGCUGAGGUGGAGCAGAUUGCCUUCAGCCCGGCUCACUUGGUGCCCGGCAUUGAGCCCUCUCCCGAUAAGAUGCUCCAGGGUCGUCUGUUCUCGUACUCGGACACUCAUCGUCAUCGCCUGGGUGCGAAUUACCUGCAGAUUCCGGUGAACUGCCCCUACAAGGUGAAGAUAGAGAACUUCCAGCGGGAUGGACCCAUGAAUGUUACGGACAACCAGGAUGGUGCCCCCAACUAUUUCCCGAACUCCUUCAACGGUCCGCAGGAGUGCCCCAGAGCCAGGGCUUUGUCCUCUUGCUGUCCAGUCACUGGAGAUGUCUACCGCUACAGCAGCGGCGAUACGGAGGACAACUUCGGCCAAGUCACCGAUUUCUGGGUGCACACGCUGGACAAAUGCGCCAAGAAGCGACUGGUGCAGAACAUUGCCGGUCAUUUGAGCAACGCCAGCCAGUUUCUGCAGGAGCGAGCCGUCAAGAACUUCACAUUGGUGCAUGCUGAUUUCGGUCGCAUGUUGACCGAAGAACUCAACCUGGCCAAGUCCUCGAAGUUCUAAGCAGGAGGCAUUCCCUCCCAUCCGACUUGGAUGUUGACCUUAAUUAUGAUUAAUCUACUGGAACUUAACACCACCCACCCCGAAAUUGACUAACAAAAGCGAACGCUUUUCGGAUCUUUGGUGGCGGGCUAAAAUUGAUUUAACCACAUAAUGUGUCUUGUCUUGUUUUGAUAUUCAAAAUUGUCUUAGUUAUACACGAAAUACAAAUAUAUGCAGUGGAUAUAUAAUAAA